AAAAAAAAAAGCUUACUCACAUACUAAGCCUCCAACCAACACCAAUACCAUCCCAUCCCAAACCAGCCCACACCAACCCAUGCACCAUCUCCCAGGGAUACACAAGAAGCGAACUCCGAUGUAAGAACUUACCUAUCCUAUGUACUCCAGAGUCUAGGUAUGUAUGGAGCGGCUCAUCACACCCCUCUUUUCCUUCUCAACACUAGUAAGAGGACACCAGGAGGGACUGGUAGAGUGGCUUGGAAGAGAAGGGAGGCUUGAGUGAUGUUGGGGUCGGAGUAAGAAAGGUGUGAAAAUCACCGAUUACGGUUCCCUGCGGUACCAUGCGGUGUUAGUGAGAUGAGUCAAUUGAUGGGCUGGCUAUGUAUGGGACGAGGCUUUGGCUGUCGGUCUAUAUAUGAGGAGUCUUUCCUUUUAUGAAUGUGGUUCUAUCUCACUUCCACUUAUCACUUAAUUCAAUACACACACAUACCCUCUCCACUCCUAACAAAACCUCGUUUGAUACAUCUCCCACCAUAACAAACCAUCCAUCCAUCCUCAAAAUAAACAUCCAAACACACCACUCACCAGUAAAUCUCCUCUCCCCCAACCUCCCCAAAAAAAACCCCUACAAAUCCCCACAGCACGCUCCCACCCUCAUGUCUCAACCACACUCCCCAAGAACCACCAAACAACCAACAGACACCACCUCAAUGACCAGCACAUCCACCAUCCACUCCACAGUAAGCCUGCUCAAGGACAAACUCACACAAAAAGACCGCAAAGCCAAGAAGGCAAUGAAAGCCGCCGCCGCACGAUCAACCCUUUCGCAGGAUGGAAAGGUGGUGUCGGAGGAAACCCGAUGGGUCCCAAAGGAUCCGGAUUCCCGUAAGUCGAAGCCGUUACCUGGUUGGAAUGGUAAGAUUCGUUUUCUUUUUGGUGAGAGAGGGUGUGAAAGCUGAUGAGUUGUGUGAAUAGCGAGGGCGAGGACUGCGGAGGCUUAUAUGAUACCUGCGAUGACUCGUUGAUUGAUUGGGGCGCUGGGACAAACAAGUUUGCGAUGAGUUGAUAAUGGAUAUGGGACCACCGAGGCGUUUGGAGUUGGGUGUGAAUAAUAGAAACAAUGGGUGCUUUGUUGUUUGCGGGAAAGGAAAUUGGUAGAGGGGGUUUUGUUCAUGGAGAUAUGCUUGCGUUGGGUUCUAUUCAUUCCAUAUUGCUAGUAAUUAAGCCUGGAUCAAAAACUAUCCUCCAAGUCAUUGCUCAUUCUGACCAUACUAGGACUGUCGAGUUCAUCCGAAUCAUCAAAUCCUGCUCCAGCAGUCGUGAGCAAGUCUUUCACUAUUCUCUGACUGGCUUCUCGCGCUAUUGAAGGUUAGCUUUCGAAUACUUGUACAAUAUAAAGUACUUACCAGGUGUUUGCAGAAGCCUCGAUUGUGGUAGAUUAAAUUGAAUGGUUUUGGGAGGACUCAUGCCAAGUUCUCGAUAUACCCCCUCAGCAUCUUCAUCACUAUCACUUUCCCAACUGAUCUCAUCCUUCUUCGAGAAUUUGGGCAUGACCUCCUUUGCCUUUCCUUUUGCUGGUGUUUGAACACUAACGCCAGGCGUUCUAGGAGCAUUGUAUUGCUUUCUGACUGGAGAACUGAAUAUCUCCGCACGGAGUUGGGGAGCUGCCUCUGGGGGAGAAGACAUGGGCGAUGAUCCAUUGUCUCGCCAUGAUGGUUUUUUGGAGGGUGUUUUGCUUUCUUUUUUAUUCUCUCUUCGGGCUGUAAGUGGUGUAGCUUGAAUUCUAUAGUUCUUGUCGAGAACUCGAUGAAGAAGAGGAUCUUGAUUAAGACGCUGGGUAGCAUUUGAUGGUACGUACUGAGUGGGAUCAAAUGGCGAAGAUUCUGGUGUCAUUGACAUAUCCGGAUUUCUAGAUUGAGCCCCUGGCGUAGUUGGUAGGAUUUGGGUAUCAUCAUCUUGCUCAUAUGAAUCCCCCUUGUAUUCCCGUUUUAAGUCUUCGUAAGGCGAUGACAUAUCUGCCGUUCGUGGAGCGUCGCUAAACAAAGUCUUGGUGUGAGGAGCUCGAGGCGUACUUCCACUCAUAUCACCAUCUUCAAGCAGAGAAUCGUCCACAUAGUGUUGUUGACUUGACUCCUCGUUCAUGGUUUCGUCAGCCGGUCGUGAGGAUUCGGCAUAUGUGCUUGCAUCCUGGUGGGAUUGUGUAUAUGACUGGUCUUCAUCCUCCUCUCGUUCCUCUACCCCAGAUAAAGAGACAUUUGCGCUGGCCUCGAAAAAUUGUUUCCAAAACUACCCCGCGGUUAGCUCUAUCCAAAUUUCCUUCCGACUGGCUGCCAACCUUGGAUCCCUCCCAAACAGCUUUAGAAUGGUCGGCAUAUUGAUCAACAAUAGGCAGAAUACUCGAAGUCACAAUCCUAUGUGCUCUGCUGAAAUUGUGGUCGAUUUCUACUUGUCGUUAGUUGAGGUCUAUUUUGGAGAGGCGCUGGAAAUACCUUGUAGAGUUAGGGUAAUGGAUUGCUCGAGUUUCUCUAGCUCUUCCGUGAGAGUAAGAGGGCGUGCCGAGGACGAACUUGCCCGAGACAUGUUGGUCUUAAUGGUGAGCUGGGAAUUUGAGUCGGAAUGAGGGUGUUUGUAUUUUGAUAUCGAGCGUUAUCGCGACGCGAGGUUGGCGGUGCUUAUCCAGUUGCGUGAAGACCCCUGUAAACUCAACACCUG